AUGGUCGCUGGGACCAUCUUGCGCGGCAUGUUCGAGGAUCGCCUCAAGGAUGCCAUCAAGAAGGCGGAGGAUUCCGCCGGCAAGCUGAUCCUCUUCAUUGACGAGUUGCACAUGAUUGUUGGUGCUGGUGAUCGUCGAGGCGGCACCGGCGACGCCGCCAACAUCCUCAAGCCGGCGUUGGCCCGUGGUCGCAUCCGCUGCAUAGGCGCCACAACAACCAAAGAGUACUGCAAAUACAUCCAGAAGGAUGCGGCGCUCGAGCGACGGUUCCAAAGGGUUGAUGUCGAUGAGCCGAGCGAGCAGGCAACCGUUGCCAUCCUGCAGGGGUUGAAGCAGCGUUACGAAGACCACCAUGGACUGAAAAUUCACGACGACGCUCUUUCUGCCGCAGCACAGCUCGCUGGCCGUUAUAUUACAGGUCGCCGGUUUCCUGAUAAGGCAAUUGAUCUGAUGGACGAGGCAUGCACUUCAGUGAAGUUGCGUCAACCAAAAGCUAAAGAUAAGAAAACUAGCACUAUAAGUGCAGUUGUGAGCCGAUGGACUAAAAUUCCGUUCACUACACUUGGUCGAGAGGAGGAGAAGUUGAGCCACCUAGUAGACAGAUUGCAUGAGAGAGUUGUUGGACAGUAUGAAGCGGUUAAUUUGGUUGCGCAAGAAGUUCUACGUUCUAGGGUGGGCUUUGAUCAAUCUGGCCAACCAAUCGGCUCUUUCCUCUUUUUGGGGCCGGCUGGUGUUGGAAAGACAGAGCUUGCAAAAGCGCUUGCCGAGAAGUUGUUUGACAACGAGAAGAUGUUGGUCCGCUUUGACAUGUCUGAAUUUGUUGAUAGUGGAUCUGUGUCGCGUCUCUUUGGAGGACCUCGAAGCUAUGAGGAAGAUGGACAGCUUACUGAUAAAAUAAGGAGCCAACCAUAUAGCGUUGUUCUUUUUGAUGAGGUGGAUAAGGCGCAUCCCUCGAUAUUCAAGGUUCUCAUUCAACUCCUUGAUGAUGGAGUGUUGAUUGAUGGAAAAAGACGGAACGUAUAUUUCAAGAAUACUAUCAUCAUCAUGAGCUCAAAUCUAGGAGCAGAUAGCCUGUCAGGUGGAAUGGCCGGAGAAAACAUGGAAGCUGCACGAGAUCUUCUCAUGAAACAGGUUGAGAAACGCGUUAACCCUGAAUUAAUCAACAAACUGAGUGAGACAGUGAUAUUUGAGCCGCUUUCACAUGACGAACUGAGGGAGAUCGUGAAAAUCCAUAUGAAGAGUGUUGUUGCUAUGGCAGCUAACAAGGGCAUCUCUUUGUUUGCAACAGAUGCUGCCUUGGACGUCAUUUUGUCAGAAUCGCACGACAAAGUGUAUGGCGCAAGGCCUAUCAAGAAGUGGAUGAAGAAGAAUGUGACGAGGGUUCUUAUUGACAUGCUGGUAAAUGGAGAAGCAUGCCAAGGAUCGACCAUCUCGAUUGAUGCUGCCGACGACAAGAAGGGGCUGAAGUACCAGGCACUGAUGUAGCAGGGUAGCAGGAGGUGGCAGAUCCACCGAGGCCAGCUAUAUAUGAGUUUUGCCGUUUGCAUAGGCAACUGACAGAUUAGACCAAAUUAAUAUGUGUGUUUUUAGUCAUUCACAAAGCGCUUGUUUUGCGUGCUAUUCAUUACCUGUAGCAAAAUGGUAUGUAACUAUGUUCUUCUGCACGUGGUAUGAUGGA